CAGCACAAAGCAGCGGUUCUGGCGCACCCGUACGCGCCACUGGGUGGGUGCUGCGAUGACCCUGUUGUUGGGGCUGUGGGGAGCGGGUUGCUGGCAGGAGGGUGGGUCGUUGGUGUUUUUAAUUUUAGGUAAGUUUUUCUGGUUUUGUUUUUAGUUUUGUGCGGUAGUGUAUGGAAAAGAGCUGGGAUGUGGGGUUGAGGAGAUGGGUAGUUGUGGUUGCGGGUUGUGUUGAAUGGAACGGUUAGACGUGGUGCUGACAUAACAUAACCCCCAGAGGCGCCUCCACCUCUCCCGGCCGCACCAGCUGGACCGGCAAGCCAGAGCUCGCAGACUAUGUUUCCUUCGCGGGCCUAGUGGCGCUGUACAUGGACUUUGUGCGCGCGCCCACCAGCCCAACCACCCUCGCUUCUCCAAGAACAGCAGAAGGCGCAGCACCCGCACCACCAGAAGAAGCAGCAGCAGAAAACGCGCCCAUCCGCCUCAUCCUCGGCGGCUACUCCUACGGCUCCCUCAUCGCUUCCCGCCUCCCCUCCCCGCCAAGCGCGCUCCUCGCCCCCUUCCUCGCGCCUGCCCCCGCCUCCCCCGCCGCGGCGAUCGUGACGCGCGCGCGCGACCUCGCGGCACGGACGACGGCUGAGCUGCUGCGUGGUUGUGAAGAGGUCGUGGUGCGGAAGCGCGGCUUAGGGGCUGUUGUCGUGGGCGGAGAUGCAGAUGCGUACGCAGGCGCAAACGCAAACGCCACAGCGGAGGGAAGCAAGACGGCGGCCUCGCGCCCAAGCCGCAAAAGCGGGAGCGGCAGCCGGCCCCGCAGCUUAGACCUCAAAAACGCAGUGGGGCGGCGUCUGCGCCGGUAUUCGCUGGGGAAACACCCUUCGUCUCCUACCACAACAACAACAACAACAACAACAACACCCCUCACCACCACCCUCCCACACAUCAACAUCACCACAGCUUUCCUCCUCCUCUCGCCCCUCCUCCCCCCAACCUCCCUCGCCAUCGCACCCGGCUUCCCGCGCUUCCGCCCCACAGACUCCCCGGCCCUGCUCGGCACGCCGGGCCUCGCGGUCUACGGCGACCGGGACGUGUUUACGUCGGCGGAGAGGCUGGCGGGCUGGGUUGGGGCGUUGAGGGCGGCGGGGGGAAGUAAGGGUGGGGAAGGAGAAGGAAGGGUUGGGGAGGGUGAUUGGGGGAGGGAAGGGUUGGAAGGCAAGCUCAUCAAGGGCGCAGGACACUUCUGGAUCGAGAGGGGCGUGUUGGUCCAGUUGGUGCGCGUUGUGGGGGCUUGGGCGGGGGGGUUGGAAGGGUGAGAGGGGUGAGAGAAGGGCGGAGCGCGUAGUGCGUAGUGUGUAGGGGGUAGUGGGUAGUGGAUGAAAAGGAAGGCAGGAAGACAGGGAGAGGUGAAGCGACGGAGCGGAGCGGAGCCUCACGUAAGUCUUAGUCUUGAUAUGCAUGCAUGUUUAUAUGCAUAGGUAUGUAAUAAGCAUGCACGCACGCACGCAUACAUACGUAUCCGG